CGACUCAAUUCCCUACUUUUAACACCUACAAUUUUAAUGUUAAAUAAUGCGACUUAAUUCACUUAACUGCCUCCACAAAUCGGAAAUACAAACAGCAGUGGUGGUGGUGGUGGCCCGCCAGAAAGCGGAUGAUGCGAUACUUAUAUGCCGCCGAUUUUCAAAACAGCAGCUGUUAAUUGAUUCCCGAUCAAAUAUACGAAGCUUUCAUCACUUUCAACUGAGAAAUGCUGUGCAGAGGAAACUCGAUAAAGUGCCGGAAAGAAGGAUCGGUGCCGGUAUACCUCAAUGUAUAUGAUCUCACCUCCAUGAAUGGCUAUGCUUAUUGGCUAGGUCUCGGUGUCUAUCAUUCCGGUGUCCAAGUUCAUGGAGUAGAGUACGCAUUUGGAUGUCAUGAACAAGCGACGACAGGGAUCUUCGAGGGAGAACCGAAACAAUGCGAAGGAUUUACUUUCAGGAAGCAGAUUCUGAUCGGAUGGACGGAGAAGAAUCUGAGAGAAGUGAGAAGAAUCAUGGAAGAUCUUGCUGAAGAUUACAAAGGCAUUUCAUAUAAUCUCAUUACCAAAAACUGCAACCACUUCUGCAAUGACGUUUGUGUUAGACUCACCGGAAACUCGAUCCCUAGUUGGAUCAAUCGACUCGCCAGAAUCGGUUUUCUGUGCAAUUGUAUAAUUCCAGCGAGUAUAAGUUCGAUCAAAGUCGGAAUUGAAGAUAACAAAGUGCACAACGAAGGAGAAAUGAAAAAGCUGAGAAGCCGUUCCAGCAGGUUCACCUCGUCUUCGAGUUGUUCACCGGCGUCGGAAAAUUCGCCGUUGACAUCUCCCACGGUUGCUCCGACGACAGGUCAUAGAACCACAUCUUCUCUCCCUCCACCUUCUCCUUUGAUUCUAGAUUCUCCCAAAUCCUAACAGAUUUUUGAUUUUUCAUUCCAUCUUUCAAUCAAACUGUUCUUCGUUUAAAUUUUUUCUUCAUUCAUGUUUUUAAUUGAUUUAUUUUUCUCCUCCAUUGAAACUGUUAACAAGAUUUCCACCUUGAAUACAUUUGGAAGAAUGAUUCUUAUGAAUCAAUCUACAAUCUCUGACUAAUUGAAAAAUUAGGUAAAUUCAGUUAUGCCAUUUCACGAUAGUUCUUUGAGCAACAUGGGG